AACCGAAGACGAAAGAAAUAUCAGUAGUAGCAAAUUUCCUUGCUCAAGGCAGCGAGUCGUCAAGAAAUUUAAGCCAUGGGUCCGAAAUAUUUAAGACUGCUGAAAUACAUGUUGCUAAGUAUCGGAUUGUGCAAGAUAUGUGCAGCACAAAAUGAUAUAACUGUAUCAGUGUUCACAGUCACCUCAAAAAGUAUGACUGUUCGUUGGACUGGACAUUCUGGGGCCAGCUCUUACAAAGUCACCGCUACGCCCAAAAAUUCUCCCGACACGCCAGUUUUCAAACAGUUCAGUGGCAAUACCGUGAUGGGCUCAGUAAAUUCACUUAUGCCGAACACCGUGUACACUAUGCGCGUGGACGCCAUGGACUCUGUCAACGUUCUAAGCAGCGCAGUGACAGAGGAGAUCACAGCACCCGAGGUGCCAACUAUCCACCAGGCCUACUCUAAACAGAGCGACAGCAUUACGGUAGAGUUCGGGGAGGUCUCAGGCGCCAGCUCUUACAUCCUACGGGCUCAGACCUUGGACGGGGAGUUCUUCUCUGAAACUGAAGUCAACAAGUCCAACCGCACUGUGAUCAACCUGCAGCCCUACACCGUCUACUCCCUAAACGUCAUGUCUGUAAACACUGGAGGGAGAAGCCAACCAUCUCUGCCAGUUUUGACCAGAACAGUGGUUGAAAGUCCUGCCUUGAACACCACCUCUCCCAGCAACGACACCAUCCACGUGAGCUGGGAGCCGGUGGAGCACGCUGUACUCUACAGCCUAUGCAUCAUCAUGGAGGGCUCGGAAACAAGGGUCAAACUUAACACCACAGACACCGCCCACACCUUCACCGACCUGGAGCCUGGCACCACCUACUGCAUCAAGGGCACUGCCUGGGAUUCAGAUGGGAACAUGGGAGAAGACCGCACAAUCUGCCAGAUCACAAGGCCCACAAGUCCACUGGAGGUGGCGGUGUCUCUGACCCCGGGCCGGACUCUGGGCAUGGCCGUGUCCUGGUCUGAGGUGCGCGGAGCAGAUGUCUACCUGGCCAACACCUCGACCUACCAGAACUGUAGCUCUAACGUGGAGAACUACUGCCUGAUAACGUCGCUGUACUGCGGUCAGAACCUCUCGGUCACGGUGACCGCCCAUAACCAGGCCGGGCCCAGCUCCCCAUCCCAGCCUGAGGAGUUCAUCACCUUCCCAUGUCCACCUGAGUCUGUGUGGGUGGAGGAGGCGGAGGCCGGCAUGUGCUCCGUCAUGUGGGGCGACGUGGACUUCGCCGACUUCUACAUUGCCUACGUGAAGCGCGACGACGGCUCGGAGGAGCGCUGCAACACCACGGACACCGUGUGCCAUUUCCGCUGCCUCUGCGGCUUCACCUUCUUCCCCACCGUCUUCGCCUAUAACCAGGCCGGCCCCAGCCUGCCCGGCCCCGUGCUGAACUACACCACAAUCCCUUGCUGUCCAGAGGAUGUGACUGUGUCACUGGUUUCCACGGAGACACUGGACAUCACAUGGUCGGCAGUGCGCGGGGCGGAGCUUUACGAGACCAUUGCGGCUGACCAGAGAGACGUGAUCCACUGCAACGACACAGCGCCAGUGUGCGCUCUCUCUGACCUGAGCUGCAACAGCCGGUACAGUGUGGUGGUCAGACCCUGCAGCGAGAUCAGAGGCUGCAACAACACAUGCAGAGCUCAUACGCAAGAGACAGCCCCCUGUGCUCCAGAGAUCCUCAACAUCACCCAGACGUCUGAGUCGGGCGUGCUGGUCCAGUGGAGCGCGGCCAACACCGAGGCCAACUACACGGUGAGCGCGGUGGGCCGCACCGACUCGUUCAGCUGCCACUCGACUGGCACGGCCUGCGAGAUCACCGGCCUGCCCUGUGGUGCCACCUACGAGCUCAGCGCCUAUGCCAGAACCACGGCCGGACGCAGUCUUCCCAGCUACUCACACACCCUAGAGACAGAGCCCUGUUGUCCUAAGAGCCUGACCGUGGAGCAGGUAACCCAGGCAAUGACCCAGGUGUCGUGGUCAGCAGCGACAGGGGCUCGCUCCUACGUCACCUCUCUCACCUCGCCCAAAGGACAGGCCAAGUGCCACACCAUGGACAUGCACUGCACCAUGGGAUGCAUCACCUGCGGCACCAACUACACCGUCACCCUGGAGGCCAUCAGCAAGACCGGACACAAGAGAGAGUGCAGCUACCUCGGCUUCUCCUCCAGUGCGUGUUGCCCCUCAAGUGUGAAGCUGUACCGCAUGGCCAACAACACGCUGCGGGUGUACUGGCGUUCGUCUGACAGCCUGCACAACCACCUGGCUGACCUGUACGGCACCAGCUCCAACUACACCUGCACCCCACCUAUGGGCUCCAACUACUGCGACGUGUCCGAGAUCGUCUGCGGGGAGGUGUACACGGUGGUGGUGGCACCCCUGGCCCAGGACGGCACCAAAAUCACCUUCUGUCCCAGGAGGAUGUACUCAGUGUCAUGCUCUGGAAAUACUCUGGGAAUGGUGAUCUAUCGUGGAAAGAGGAGUGUUGACUAACCAAAGCCGAAAAACCCUGGACCUAUGGAUGAGGAACCAGUCCAUUCAUGAUGAUGGAAUUGAAUGAUAUCUUUCCCGUUCUUAGUUAGUCCUUUGGAGUCUCUCUAGCACUUGUGCUCUCUCAAAUGAAAUGUUGGCUAAGGAUUGGCAAUACUAGUUGAUACCCUUGUGCUGUAAAUAUCGAUUGGAAUCUACAUUUCAGUUUCGGUAAAGACUUAUUUUGAAAUAAUACAAUAUAGGAACUCCUCUAUUCAUCAAUUUCAACAUUGGUAUACAGUACAUGUAGCGCUAAGAGAGUGCUCAAUACAUCGGGAAUUGAACAAAAGGGUCAUGCUUCCAGUUGGAACCAGGAAGCUACACAUGCAAUACCAGGAAUUCUGGGUGCGCAUUGGUAUUGAAAGCUGCCAUUCAGGCUAUUAUAAGUCUGUGUAUUAUCAAAAUGACUUUGAAGCCAUUAUUUUAUAGUAAAAGAGCUACAUUGUGUUGCUUUUAAUGUGUCUGUUAAUUGAGUACUUGUCAACCAAACCCUAACCCUGGCCUGAAAGUUUCAUUUAUUUCCUGUUGUUUUUUUUUUGGCCCAUUAUUGUAACUGUAGAUCUCGCUUAUAAAUUGGAGCUUGUUCCAUCUAACUGGUUAAUAGUGUCUUUGUCUCUGUUCUGCUGCUCUUC